UAUUUUUCAGUUUACUCUGUGAUAUCCAUAGUGAAUGUUGUUCAAAAUAAAAUUAUUUAUUUUUUACAUAUUUUAUAUAAACGGAAUGCGAGUUAAAAUUAGAUAUUUUAUAUUGUAUGAAUACAUGUGCAGAUCAAUGACCGACUUAUUUGCUCUAGCUAUGGCACACCGCAGAUUAGGAAAUAUCAAACUAAAUGAAACAGUUGUAUUCGUUUGUGACAUUCAAGAAAGAUUUAGAGGCGCUGUCGAAUAUUUCUCUGAGAUUGCAGAAGUUUCUAAUCGCUUGACAGAGGCAUCCAGGAUUUUGAAUAUUCCUCUAAUAGUAACUGAACAGUACCCAAAGGGUCUUGGUAGCACCGUGUCAGAAGUGAACAUCACAAAUGCUGUUGGUGUGUUCCCUAAGACAAAGUUCAGCAUGGUUCUACCAGAGGUGGAAGAAAAACUAAAGACACUUUGUGGUGGCAACGUGCGCCACAUUAUUCUUUGUGGUGUUGAGGCCCAUGUCUGCAUCCAGCAGACUGUGAUAGACUUGUUGAGUCAAGACUUUGAGGUUCAUGUUGUUGCUGAUGCUGUAUCGUCCAGAAACCAGGUCGACAGAAUAUUUGCUUUUGAGAGGUUUCGGCAAAUGGGAGCAUAUGUGACAACAAGUGAAGCAAUUCUCUUACAACUUGUUGGGGAUAAAGAUCAUCCACAGUUUAAAGAGAUUCAAGGGUUGAUCAAGGUUUUACCUCCUGGCUCAGGGCUGAUCAACAAAUUGUGAAUGUUUUUAUGCUAAACUAGAAAAUAAAUGUUAUAUUGUAUGUGGUAACUUCUUUUUAAAAUGGUUCAUUUAAUACAGCAAUUAUUUCCGGAGCCUAUGUUUUUGAGCAAGCAUACGAUUUAAUAUAUUAUCAUUCCUCAUGCAUUGCAUUUUUUUAUACUUUCUUCUCCCCAUAGAAAAUGUUUCAAUGUUAACAUUAAGUGCUUCAUUCAAAGACACACAAGUAUUGUACUUCAAAAUUUUUAAAAUAUGUUUUGUGUAAUAUUAAGUUGCAGUUAUAUGAUUUCCAUAUUUAAUAAAUAUUUCUGAAGUUUUUAAAAAUUUUCAAUAAUUUUUUUUGAUACAUAAUGAUUGUAUUUAGAUUUUUGUUUUUGAAAUCAAACAAUUGAAAUUGCAUUGCUUUUUUUUUGCAGUUAAUAACGUUAGACAUGUUUCAAAUUAUUAGACCACUCUUUUGAUUACUAAUAUAAGUCUUGGCCCCCUCAUCUAAACAACAUGGGUCGGCAGAUGUCUUUUUAAAUGUGAAGCUACCAUCUUCUAUAGCCAAUUGCACCAAGUCUACAAGUGUGGACGGUUUUGACCAACAAUAAUCACCAGAACUUGAAAGUGAAGAAAAUUCUGUGUACUAUAACUGGUUUUUCUUUCAAAAUACUAUGGAUAU